UGCCACUUAGAAAGUAAAUGAGCCUCUAACCCGUAUGGGAAAGCUUAUCUGUGUCACUUUAUUAUUUCUCUUUCUCUCUCUCUUUGAGUGGUCAUCUUUUAAUUAUAUAGAUAUGCACAUCAUAUUCUCCAUUAAUAAAUACUAGUUCUAACUGAUCUACCUCAGAAAAUAUUGUGAGGAGAGAAGAAUAUUUCAUCAAGAGAGAGGGAGAGAGAGAUAUCUAUAUUUUUAUAUAAAAAGUAUAUUAAGAUCGAUCGAUCAAAAGAGAGAUAUAUAAUCGUUGAAAACAUGGGAAGGGGAAAGAUUGAGAUUAAGAAAAUAGAGAAUACAAGUAAUAGGGCAGUGACUUAUGCUAAGAGAAAGGCUGGAAUCUUUAAGAAGGCUCGGGAGAUUGCCAUUCUCUGUGAUGUUAAAGUUUCACUCAUCAUCGUUUCUGGAUCUGGAAAGAUGGAUGCCAUGUGUAGUCCUGAUAAUUCGCUGAGUACCAUAUGUGAGGAAUAUCACAAACACUCCAAAGAGAAGUUAUGGCCUGCUAAGCAUGAGAAUUUGUACAAUGAAAUCGAAAUGGUCAAAAAAGAAAAUGAGAACAUGGUAAUCGAGCUGAGGCACCUGAAUGGGCAGGAUAUCAAUCUGAACCACUAUGAACUGAUACCAAUAGAGGAGGCACUUGAGAAUGGCCUAUUAAGUGUUCGUGCCAGAAAGUCGGAGUUAGUCAACAUUCUCAGGCAAAAUAUCGAAGCUAAAGAGGAAGAACAUAAGCGCCUAAUUUGCGAGCUGCACCAAAAGAUGGAAAUAGUAGGCGAUGGGUAUCAUCAUGAUCAGAGGGUGAACUUGAGGGACUACAAUGCCCAUAUUCCUUUAGCCUUCCGUGUGCAGCCUAUGCAGCCAAAUCUUCAAGACAGAAUUUAGGAUUAUACAUAAUUAAUUUAACUAAUUAUUUUUUUCUUUUUAAAUUAAUUAAGCUUGUUUAAGUAGUAUUUAAAGUUUUUAUUAUGGGCUAAACGACUUCUUACAUAUUGUGGGAUCGAUGGUCAAUGUGUGUGGACUACAGUAAUUUUCACCCUGUGUGUUUAUCAAUAUAAUAUUAAUGUCGAAUGUGUUAUUAUUUG